UUUCUUAAUUAAUUUUUUUUUUAAAAUUUGAAUUAUUAUUAUUAUCUUUUAUUGAAUUUUAAGGUAACUUUAAAACAAAAUUUAUCACUUUUACUAUUAGUAGCACGUAUAUGCAUAUUCCCCAGCAGUUUGGAGAGUAUGGACUUUGGAGUUAACAAUCCGAUUGCAGAGUUUAAUACAAUUAUAAAGAAAGGGUCAAGAAACCGUUUUUGUAGCCCAAAUUUGCGCUAUGAAUUGUAGUUUCAGGGGCCUAGAAUUACCAUACUUGAAUGAAAACCCCAAAAGUCCCUUCAUCAUCAUUCAUAUUCGGAGGACCACAAAAUCAUCUCUCUAACAAACACACAUUUUCACCGAACAAAAGAAAAAAAAAAAAUCAUUUCCUUUUAUUGGUUUGACCUUUUACCAGUGUUCACUCAUGAUGUUUGUUUAUUCCAAGUGCUUAGUUGAGUUCUCUUGAAACAUUUGAUCAUUACCUUCUUGGGAUUCUCUCACCCAGAAGGUCUCUUUUUUCUUUCUAAUCAUUUGUUAGGUCUCUGUUUCACUCAUUGUUAUCCUUUUUUUGGUUGUGUAGUUGUAUUUUCAAUGCUUAUUUCAUUAUAAUCAAAUGAAUACUUGAGAGGGGUCUAUGACCAUUGGAGAAAUUUCAAGUUCUGUGACAAUGGUUGUUGAUGAUAAGAAAGGAACUGAAAAUUCAACCCAACCAAGCGAAGCAUCUACAGACCAAGAAAAUGUAAUCGACUCCGGGGAGGCACUUAGUAGACAGCCAAGUGGAGCUUCUUGUUACGCGACAGAGGGAGAGGAAGAAGACGAAGAAACUCGGAUACAAGUGGGCCCCAAGUGCAGUAUCAAAGAACAUCUUGAGAAAGACAAGGAUGAUGAGAGCUUGAGGAGGUGGAAAGAACAGCUUCUUGGCAGUGUUGAUGUCAAUUCAGUUGGAGAAAUUCUAGAACCAGAUGUGAAGAUUUUGAGCCUCACCAUUCUCUCCCCUGGUAGACCUGAUCUUGUUCUUCCAGUUCCCGAGGCUGGUAACCCCAAGGGCUUGUGGUUUACUUUGAAAGAAGGUAUCCCCUACAGUCUCAGAUUCUCCAUUCAGGUCAGCAAUAACAUUGUUUGUGGCCUCAGAUACACCAACACUGUGUGGAAAACUGGUAUCAAGGUUGAUAGCUCAAAGCAUAUGCUCGGAACAUUUAGUCCUCAGUCAGAGCCAUACAUACAUGAGAUGCCAGAAGAGACUGCUCCAUCUGGUUUUUUUGCAAGAGGGUCAUAUUCGGCAAGAUCAAAGUUUAUUGAUGACGACGACAAGUGCUACCUGGAAAUCAACUACACCUUUGACAUCCAGAAACAAUGGCCAAAGUAAAACCGCGAAUUUUCGGAUAGCUCUCUCAGUUACCUCUUUGGAAGCUGCAUUGUGAACAAGUGGAACGAAGCAGAGAGAAAUCAGAUAGAUAGUUUCUUGGAGACUACCAGUUACUAGUAAUAGAGCUUGGCUUGUUUGUGAUAUUUGUUUUGGUUUUUUCUGCUCUCUUCUGUCUGUCUUGACAUUUAAACCAGGGGCUCCUUUGCCUUAAUUAGCUAGUUAGCCAUUUGUAUAGGCAGCUGCCAGCAGUUGAAGACAGUCGUCCUCGGUAUUGUGGUUUUGUUUAUAUUAUGGUUUCGUUCAGUGAUUGUAGAGAUCUUUACAAAACAAUCUUGCUGUUUAUAGUUAAUAAA